AUGAAAGCCAAAAAAAUAAUUGCCACUGCGUCUCCUGAAUAUGCCACCAAAGGUCAAAAUUUUAAGAAAUCAAAUAUUGGCUAUAAAAUUGAAAGUAAUGAAGUAAUGGAGAGCAUGCAUUUUGGACAAAAAUAUUUGACUGCAAUUACGUUUUUAGAAUUCAUCGCCCUUCCGAGGCGGAUAAGUUUAACAUUAGGAGGUUUCAAAAUUAAUAAAUAA